CUGUGGAGGCGGCGCGCGCGUUCGCGGAGGACAUAGCGCCGGGGCGGUGGGAGGCGAUGCAGGGGCGCUCGCAUGUCGUCGGGUUGCGUGAGUGGGCUGGGUUUGAGGAGGCGCGGGGGUGUGAGAUGCCGCCAAAGUGAGGACGGAGGACAUUGUAUUCCGCAUGCAGAUAGUGGUCGUUGAGGUAUCAACCGAGGCUCAGGCUUCCGGCGAUCCGGCGAUCGGUGCCCGGCCAACUACUGAAGCAGCUACGAGUCAAGAGGAUAGUAUGCGGGCAUCUUGUCAUCUCCAACACCACGACAGCACCAUGGUGACGAACAACAAGGCUGCGAUGGACACGAACGAGGCGAUCGCUGUCGAUACCUCCGAGUCCGGGCCCGAACACCCCCGCCAGCGUCUUGUCGUCGCCGUCAUUCUCGUGGCCACCGGCAUCCUCUCCGGCCUGGGCAGCGCGUUUGCCUAUGGCGUCCUGCUGACCCGUGGCGAGUAGUCUCCUCAUCGCCAUCUACCGCUGGAGCCCCGGUACCCUG